AUGGCAUCCGCAUCUCCCGUGGACACGCUCCCCAUCGACGUCUGGCACCAUAUUUUCAAAUUCGCAUAUACCGACGGCGGUUUCAUUGGAGCAACGCUAUCCCGCAUCUCUCGCUCCUUCCGAGCGGUCUCCGCCCCCUACCGCUUCCACUCCGUCAGGCUCUCUAACAUCAAGGGCAUCGAGAAGUUCCUGGCAGCGUAUGAAGCUGCGCUGGCCGAUGCCGCAGCGUCGUCGACCGAUCCACCGCGCGUCCGCCACCUCUUGUUCACGUUCCUCCCUGGGGAAGUCGACAUGAUCAUCCUCGAAGGAUCCUUCCACAUGCGCGACUGGCACUCGUGGCAGAUGGCCAAGAUCGACUGGAACACACGCUUCGUCGCCCGGGUCACUCGCCUCUUCGAGCUUGUUGCUUCGCAUCUAGAGACGUUCGCCGUCCUGCAGUGCCCCGAGGUGGUCCUGCCAUUCGUCCGCUGCCCACAAUUCCCUGCGCUGCGCGAGCUCACCCUCCUGCACGAGGACGCUCUCUUCGUGUACACGCCCAAGAAGGCGUAUUCGUGGAUGGAGCCCAAGGAUGCAGAUUUCUGCGGAAGUGGAACGCCGCCUACCUAUGAGGAGCUCGCAGCGUCUCCGCUAUUCCCAGCCCUGGAGAGGCUGCAUCUUGCUCGCGGCUACUGGGGUCCGACGCUGCCGCUCUGGGAUGCCGUUGCUCCCCGCCUCACUCACCUGCGCAUCUCGGGUGCGGAUGUGUUGGCGGGCCUCCCGUUGUGGGAUGCGUUGUCGGGGAAGCCCCAAGCCUUCUCUGACCUCGUGGCUCUUGUGGUGCAACCCAAGCUGAAGGGUGCUGAGACUGGGGUCGAUGAGACGCAAGCCGAGCCUCUCGAGGCGGUUGUGGAGCGCUUGCGCCAGGUCGAGACGGAGUGUCCUUCCCUAGAUGCAAUUCUUGUGCCUGCGGUGAUUGCGUCGCCGGAUGUGGAUGGCCUUCGGGACUGGACGGAAUGGCUCAUCAAGGAGUGGACGGCUCGCGCCGUUGGGGAGCGAGGACCGUGGGUGACGAAGGAGAGCGAGAAGCAGCUUUGA